AUGGCGAAAGGUUCUACUACGCCUUGGUCUUACAUCUUAAUUCGGUUGCUCUUCAAGUUUGUGCUGAAGAUAUUUUAUGGGACCAUCGUCGUCGAGAAUGCUGAUAUUAUACCGAAAACCGGGCAACCAUGCAUUGUCUGUGCCAACCAUCCCAAUUCCCUGACGGAUGCACUUCUUCUGGUAACUUCUAUGCCGUCCAAAACCCGUAAUAUGCUGCGGCUCACGGCAAAAUCCACCCAAUUCGGCCAUCGGACAUUCACCAGUUGGCUGAUCGAAUCCGCAGGCACUGUGCCUAUUAAGCGGCGUAAAGACUACAAUGACAGCGAGGUUGAUAACAGCCAAGCCAUGGAUAAGCUAAUGGAUGCACUCGAACUGGGAGAUGCAGUUUGUUUAUUUCCGGAGGGGGCAAGUCGUUAUCACCCCACCAUUGCCCCCCUUAAGACUGGAGUGGCUCGUAUUGUUUCGGAUGUCCUGAGUCGUAAUCGUGAUGAUCCAAACUUUUCUGUAUCCAUUCUGACAUGCUCAAUCACUUACAUGCAUCGACAACAUUUCAGAUCAGAUGUUCUAGUAACAUUCAACACCCCAACGACGUUUACUCCCAAGGAUAAUCCAGAGCUUCUGGCUCCCGUACAGUAUGACGAAAUUCGGGCUCUGACUACACGGAUGCAACAACAAAUUAGUUCCCGGACGAUUGACUCGCCAUCUUGGGAAUUUGUGAGAUCCGCAAAGAUGGCGACACGCAUGUAUGCACCUCUUGGGACUCUUAUGAGCCUAGGAGAAUAUGUGCGAAUCACCAGAACAUUUGUCGAGGCUUUCAAAGCUUCCGACGACACUCAAAAGAGCAAACGUAUUGUUGAGGAUCAGUCUAUCGACUUCACCAAGGAGGACAUUGAGCUCAACCAACUGCGUCGUGACCUCAAGUAUUAUCAAGACCGGCUUGUUCAUUGGGGUAUCAAAGACGAUCGCAUUGCGCGUCCUCUCUCCUUGGGAACGAUUACCAUGCGGAUGGUUAUUCGACUAACGUGGUUCAUAUGUCUCUUUACCAUAUCUCUUCCAGGCCUGGUGCUCUGGACCCCAGUAUUCAUUACCACAUUCAUCGCCGUCCGGAACUUCAAAAGAACUGGGCCAGUCUGGGACACCUUUGACGAGAUAGCGCAAUAUAAACUUGUCUAUGGACUUUUUUCGGGUCUAUCCGUCUGGGCUGCUUGUAUUCUAUUGACGCUUCCCUCCGCCGCAUUCACAACAUUUCUCGUCCCUGCAAUGAUGUGGAUGACCCUGAGAUGGACAGAAGACGCGAUAUCGGCUUUCCGCGCCUUUAUGGCACUAGCGAGGCUUCUGUGUGUCGGGAAGAAGACGCUGAACGAGAUACGAGUGACAAGGCGGGAUCUGCAUUCGCGAUUGAUGAAUCUUGCUGUGGGGACUUUGGGUUUACCGGAUGAUCCCGAGAAGUUUUUCGUCGAACGUGGGGGUAAACAGAAGGGUCGUGUGAGAAGCACAUGGGACAGUGGAGCUAAGUACUUCUCUGUCAGAAGGAGGCGGAAGAGGGACUGGAAUGAGACACUGAGGCUAUAUGACCAGGUAGACUAUCCCGAAGAUGGGUGAAGAAGGGCUAUGUAUACCAGAUGGCACAUCUUGACAACCGAUAUUUGGUAUUUCAUUUUGCAUACAACUUUCACACAAUUACACC